AGUUUCUUUCGUCGAGUUUGUGAACAUCAGCGGAUGACAUUAAAUUGCGGCUCGAAGGUCAUCAACAUCGUAAGCGCUACUUACGGACGCACCCGGAGAGGAAUUUGUGGAUUUAGAAAUAAUAGAAACACCAAUUGUCAUGCUGGAACAUCCAUGAUGGUCGCUAAAUAUGAGUGCCAAGGACAGUCAAAGUGCACAUUGCACGCUAAAAACUCAGCCUUUGGAGACCCGUGCGUGGGCACUUUCAAAUAUCUGGAAGUAGGUCACAACUUGUAUUUUCAAAAAAUUACCUUAAAUAUAUAUGUUUUUUUUCGCGUUGGCUCAAUUCUUUUUUUUUACGUUGUUGCAACGUUAAAAAGUGUUACACAGGAAAGAAGUCAUAAAACUAAUUCUAACUAGUAGUCACGAUUUUGAUAUUAAGUGCGAAAAGCCUGAAUGGGGGGGGGGUGGUGUAAACAAAAAGACAACAAUGGCUCUGCUGAUUUCUAAAAAACCGGAAUUCAACAUUCUCAUUUUUGAUUUUUUCCCGCUUAUUUUUGGUUGCAGAACUCAGCGACAUUUAGGUAACUAGAUUAUUAACUAUUUCCUCCCCUUAUCUUUCUCUCAUCAGAGUUUCACUGUAUUGAUUUUAUUUUUUUUUAAAAGGUGAGGUAUGAGUGCGUACCAAAAUCACAAGUCCGAGACUCAGUUUUACUGCGAAUCUGUGAGCACCGCACGCAGACAAUCAGGUGUCCUUCAUGCAAACCGAAGAUCAACAUCGUAUCAGCAAACUAUGGCCGUUUAACUGGUGGCCACAUCUGUGGAGGAUCAGUACGAACUACGAACUGCGGAGCUGCGGGAUCGCUCGACAAAGUGAAAAGAUCCUGCCAGAGGAAACGCAGCUGCCGUUUGACAGCAUCAAAUAGGAUCUAUGGGGAUCCUUGUGUUGGUACAUAUAAGUAUCUUGAGGUAAGAGUAACUCAAUUUUAUUUUUAA